AUGGACUCAACGAGCCAACUGGGGGAAAAUAUGGAUACAGUAACUCUACGUCAACAUGUUCUCAUUAAUCAAGUGGCAGCUGCAACAGGAUCUGAACAUGAUAUAGCCAAACAUUUAUUACAAGCAACUGAUUGGAGACUAGAAGCUGCACUGUCUUUAUUUUUUCAAGAUCGAACUGUGCCAAUACCAUGUAAAUUAUUUUGUCCAGAUCUAAUGACUCCCCAACCUGCAAAUACACCAGCAACACCGCCAAACUUUCCUGAAACUUUAUUAGCUUUUAGUAAAUUAUCUGCGUCUCUAUCAGACAAUAACUAUUCUCAACAACAAACUCAACGAUUAAAUGGAUCUCAAUUAUCUUCUAGUCCAAUAAAUGCCAUGACGAUGAUUAAUGAUUCAAGUGCGUCUCUAUUUGGUACAUUAAACAAUUCAACAACAGCAACAACAAGAUAA